GAUUCUGUUGUUAUCGACAAGUUCGGGCACAAUUUAUUUAGUGAACGAGAGGAUACCUCAUGUGACCUGAUUUUGGAUUCUAUCAGGAUCUCUGAUCAUUUCUAUCUGCCGGAUAGCCUCUCUGAGUGGCCAUUCUUGAUUUGAGAGGAUUUCCCUUUUUCUGUGCUCACCAGUGGGUCCACAUCCAUGGAUUAGUGCGAUUAUCGGCGCCCCCCUCUCAUUCUCAUCCGCAUCUCCGUCCGCGCCGCAUUUUCUCGCAGAUCGGCUGCCAGAGACCGACCGCAACCAUGCGAUCUCUCAUAUGGUUAGGCAUCUUUAUCGGUGCUCGUGGCGUUCAGGGAGAGACCCUCGCCAAAGAUGAGCUCUGUGUGACUGCAAUCUUUUCAGCAUACAAUUACAUAUCCUUCCAGGGAGACCCCGCAAAGGGAAUGUGGGAUGCACGUUGUCGGAAUCCACUCAAAGUUACCUCUAUCUAUGCAUCGUCAGAGAGAUACUGCCGUGAUGGGGAGCGUCUUACCGGGCUGGCACAGUUAGCGAAACUCUGCCAGGAGGUCGGCCACCGCGAGCUACUGUCGAGAGAUUCUGUUGCCGAGAAUUUGACUAGGGAGGCUGUUCGCGAUAUGAGAGUUGUGGAUUACUUGGAGCUUUCACGAGCGGAUUAUCAACAAUCACCUGUUCUUCUCUCAGCAUCAUAUUAUAAUCGCAUGUUCGAUACAAUCGACUCCUGGCAGUUCGAAACAUGGUCUCAUCAUGCAUUCGGCUAUAUUGGGUACGCCUAUUGGGCAGGAAUAUUGUCACUGGGGAUUCUGUAUCGCCUCUGGAAUCGGAUGUUCCUCGCGCGGCAGCAUCGAAUGGAAUACAAUCCAGAGCCCAGCAUAUACCCUCCGACUGGCUCCUGUCGUCAAAUAUCCUUCGUGGACAAUGUCGUUAACUGGGUCUCAACACACCUGAUUAUCCCGGCUCCACUCGCUGGUCGAGGACGGCAUUUACUCAGUUGUACAUUCACCUCACGAGCAGAGGCCCUUGUCGUAGGAGGCUUUUGGCUACUGAGCAUUAUACUAAGUGUGGUUGGUUAUCGAACCUUUCCUGGAAAUAUCUACUGGCCCGAUGUCACAAGUCAACUUUUACGCUACUCAGCAGAUAGGACUGGCAUCAUGUCCUUCGCGAACUUUCCUUUGUUGCUUCUAUUUGCUGGGCGCAAUAACAUCCUGAUCUGGGCCACAGGCUGGAGUUUUGCGACACUGAAUUGUUUUCAUCGGCACGUGGCACGGAUAGCCACAUUACAGGCAGUGGCGCAUUCGAUCCUCUACUUUGUUAUAUGUAUACGAAUCAACAAAGUAUGGAAAGAAAUGACCAAGGUCUACGUUCUUUGGGGAGUCUUGGCCUUCGUGCUCAUGAUCCUGGUAUUGAUCACCUCUUUGGAUCGGGUGCGCGCUGCAUCCUACGAGAUUUUCAUGGUAGCACAUGUUGUUUUCUCCAUAGCCACCCUCGUCGGUUGUUUCUAUCACACCGUUGUAUUCGAGGGACACGAGUACUGGCAGUAUCUCUGGCCAUCCGUGAUAGUGUGGGCAAUCGAUCGUUUCCUACGGCUCGUUCGGAUAGUCUAUUGCAACGUCCAUGUUAGGCUGUUCAAGGGCAAAGUAAUUCAUGUCACAGAGAGCUGCAUGACGUAUGACGAAGCAGCAGAUGUCAUCCGGUUGGAGGUGAAGUCUGGUCUUCCAGGUUUAGAGGUCCGGCCAGGAGACUACUACUUCCUGUACCAGCCAUUCCGCUUCACUGGCUGGGAAAACCACCCGUUCACUGUUGGAGCCUCCAGCUAUGAGGUGGAUCCAAUGGGAGUGCAGCUGGACGAUUCUGGCAAUCCUCGCAACUCUUUCGAUAAUUCUCAGCUGCCGCUUCUUCCCGAGACCCUGACUGAAGGCGAAAACCUGGAAACAAGAAAAGGGCCUUACCAAAGGUCAUUGGUCUCAAAAAUGACCUUCUGGAUUCGUCCGUAUGAUGGGUGGACACAGCAGCUUCGCCAGCAAUGUUUGCGUGCGCCAAACCAACCUGUUCACACCAACAUUCUUCUCGAGGGCCCGUACGGACAGGGGUUCCCCCUGUGGAGAUACGAAUCAGUGCUGAUGAUCGUGGGAGGCACUGGAAUUGCGGCCGCGGUGCCAUAUCUCCAGGAUCAUCGCCGGCGGUGUGCCAAUCAAUGGUCUAGCCCAUCCGAAGAAAAGCCACGAACUAAAAAGAUUGAGUUGGUAUGGACUACACGACAGUCAGCCUUCGUUCGUGGCCUUGCCGAUCGUGAACUCAACAUGAUGCUUAACCAGGAAGAUUUCCGUGCUUCUUUUUAUGUCACAGGGUCCUCUGAUAGAUUUCACGAAGACUGGAAUGGCACUAGAUAUACUGUCCAGCUGGGUCGGCCGAAUCUUCAAUCGCUCAUUCUUAGUCGGGCUUCUGAUGCGUCUGCUACUGGAAUGAAGCUGGCCAUUGUGGUUUGUGGUCCAGCUGAGAUGGCUGACGAGGCGCGUGCGGCCGCUCAUUUGGCAAUGCGAAGAGGCUACCAACCUAUUCAGUACGUGGAGGAGUCUUUCACCUGGUGAAACAAUACGUGAAAUGAUUGUGACGUGUGAUGUGCCCCAAGGGAUCUUUGCACGAUUCUGUAUUUACGGUGAAGAUAUGCUGAAAACUUCCCACUUCAUGGAAAAUUAGAUCAUGGUCCCCGAGCCUCUGGAGGCCCCUUGAAAAAAGAAAUAUGUGCCACACCCGUGGGUCACUACUGAAACGUUCGCCAGAAGCUUUUGGAUUACUCAAUUGCUAUUGUAAGGGCUGAGCGAUCGGCUUGAAAGAGGCCUGGUAGAGAAGGGAUAUACAUCACAGCGGCGACUAAGAAAGCUCUCUAUCUAUGCAUGAUGCAGGAGGUGGUUCCUGCACGUCCGUGCAGGGGAUCUAUUGAUUUCAAAUGAAGCCCCAAGAAUUGCGA